ACGAGGCCGCUCGAUUUCUUCCUCGUUCCAUGGGCGGUGGGGGCCUGCGUCGCCAGCGUUAUGGGGGGGGGCAUGAUUACCGUCGUUUGGCUGUUAUGUCAAACUGUAGUUCAUCCGAUUGUGUUCAUGAUGAAGAAAGCUCUUCCAGUGAAGAUGGUACUGGUGUUGUGAGGAGGAAGAGUCACUUGGAUGAUGCUUUGUUUGAAUUUUUUAGCAAACAGGCUAUUAAAAGCUUGAAGAGGGACUUCUCUAAAUUUUGCAGGGAUUCUGAUAUGUGGGCAGAGAAUAAAAGGCCGAAGUUUUCUGGAGUUGAUAAGAAAUGUUUCUCUGUUUACUCUUUCAAGUACUUCCUCGAAGUUCUGAAUCGGCUAACUGUGGAGCAGAGUGCUAUCAUUGAGAAAUUUGGUUUUGGUUGUCUCCUCUGUCUUUCCAAGACUUAUACCCUUCAUCAUUUAUACGUUGGCUUGCUUGGUCCGUUGAUGUUGAUUGUUCUCAAAUCAUUGUUGAUGACAAGAUAAUAUAUCUUUCAAAAGAUUAUUUUCAUCUUGUUCUUGGUUUGCCAAAUGCUGGUGAUGAGCUGGUCGAAAAUAGUGAUGCUGGAAUGGAUUUCAUCAAAUCAUUAUUUCACUUAUCAGAAGUCCCUCAUAUCACCUUUUUUGGCAACAAAUUAAACUCGAAGCAGACUCUAAGCGAUCAAGAGGUGUUUGUUUGUUUCAUGCAAGUUGCUAUAUGUUGCUUUUUGUGCCCUUCUGCUAGUGAUCAUUUGGACACAAGGUUUAUAGAUCAGCUUGGUAAUCCUGAAAGAUCCAGAUGUUUUGAUGUUUGUCAGCUUGUCUACAAGCAUCUCAUGUUUGGAAUUACUAUAAUGUCUAAGUUUGCUCAAUUGAAAGGAAGGAAUCCUAAGGUGUUUGAGUUCUGUUCGUAUGCACUUGCAGUUUAUUAUCUGGAUUGUCUUGAUUUUGGCAUCCAUAUUGCUGGCACUGGAUUUCCUAGGGCAGCUUCAUGGCGUGGAGACAUGAUCAAAGUGUACUCUGAUUUAGAUCGCAAAAGCAGAAGAUGUUUUGGAAAGAGGCGGAUGAAGAAAAAUCUUGAAGAAUGUUACUUGGGGGCAGUCAAUGUUAUGAACCAAGGAUUUAAUGCAACCAAUUGUGAGUUUAUGUCUCAAAGGCAGAAGGCAUCCAUUCAUGAUAAAUUUGGCAUGACUUUGUCUGCA